CGUAUAUAUGCACUCGACUACCACUGCUCUUCUCCUGCGCCGGAUCAGGCAAGAUCAUGGAAGAAGCGAUCCCCAAGCCAUCAGAGAAGAGGGUCGCCCUUGUCACCGGCGGGAACAGGGGCAUGGGGUUCGAGAUAUGCCGGCAGCUGGCGUCCAGCGGGCUCGCCGUCGUCCUGACGGCGCGGGACGAGAAGAGGGGCGCCGAGGCGGUCGACAGGCUUCGCGGGCUCGGGCUGCCGGACGUCGUGUUCCACCAGCUGGAGAUCACGGAGCCCGCCAGCGCCGCUCGCCUGGCUGAUUUCGUCAGGAACAAGUUCGGCAAGCUCGACGUAUUGGUCAACAACGCAGGAACCAUGGGGGUCACGAUGGAGGUUGGCGAGGCGGCCGUCAAGGAAAUAAUGAGUUCAGGCAAGGACCAGAACGAGAUUGCAGAAUGGCUGAAGCAGCGGACCACGCAGAGCACUCAGCAGGGAGAGGAGUGCCUGAGAAUCAACUACCACGGCACCAAAAAGGUCACCGAGGCGCUGCUCCCACUCGUCCUAUCCUCCGCCGAUGGAAGGAUCAUCAAUGUCACGUCAGCGUUUGGGCUGCUCAGGUUUUUCAGCGGCGAGGAGCUCCGGCGGGAGCUGAGCGGCAUCGACACGUUGACCAAGCGGCGGCUGGACGAGCUGUCGGCGCUGUUCGUGGAGGACUUGAAGCGCGGGGAGCUGGGGCGCCGCGGGUGGCCGGCCGACCGGGUGUACGCGGCGUACCAGGCGUCCAAGGCGCUCGUGUGCGCCUACACGAGGAUCCUCGCGAGGGAGAACGCCGGGCUGCGGGUCAACUGCGUCCACCCGGGCUACGUCGAGACCGAGAUGAACUGUAACACGGGCAACCUGACGGCCGCGGAAGGCGCCAGCGUCUCCGUCGCGGUCGCUCUCGCCGAGCGGGGCGGCGUGACCGGGGCUUACUUCGACCGCACGGAGAUGGCAUCGUUUGUCUAAAUCCUGGAGAUUAGCAACGUACUGUUACACGUAUACUCCGUCCAUCCCAAAUACCUAUUCAUGUUAGUUUUUCUAGAUACACUGAUAUGCACCUAAAUAUAUAUUUAUGUUUUGUAAAACGAAUAGUAAUUUAGGACGAAGGGAGUAUCUUGCUUUAGUAUGCAUUAUUUAAUAUUCCCUCCAUUCCAAACUGUACGUCGUUUUUUAUUUUUUUAGAUUCAUAGAUAUUAUUAUGCAUCCAUAUCACUCGAAUUUUGUACCCUCCAACCUUAACCUGAUGGCUCCUAUUGUUUCUCCCUCUUA